AUGCAAAAGGAGGUGAGCUUCACCGACGACCACUCAGCUGACAGCCAGGGCGCUCUAGAGACACCCGGCGCCGGACCAUCGCGGCCGCCAAGCCCUCCCGCCCUUCCGGAACCUCUCCUUGACGAGGCCGACGAGGAUGCCGACAGGGAGCUCUGCAAAAGGAGUACACUGAUCUGGAGAGCUCGGUCGAGUGCCGAGUUGUUGACGUCGCUCGGGUCCUAUCUGGAAACGUUUCAGGACAACCUCUCCGAAGUUUCCGGCCAGAUUGCGGACCUGCAGCAGCGGAGUGACGAGAUCGAGCGACAGCUGAAGGGCCGAAGAAACCCGCAACUAUGGCUGCAGGCCGUCCAGGAGCUGGAGGAGAAGCUCGUCUCGGUCAAGGCGCGCGGCGCCAAGGUGAAAGCGGCGCGCGAGCUCGAGGGCGUGCUGGAGGCGCUCGCCUUGAAAGCGAUGCACGCCUUGCCGCCGUUCCUGCUCACGCUGAUCCGCCCGCUCCGAUCGGCAUCGAAAGGACUCAGCACGAACCUCGCCGUCAUGCAGACCAGCUUGCUGCUCAAGUACCAGCCGUUCUACAGCUUCUUGCUCCGACAGAGCCCGCGACACGCAAAGCAGGUCGAGCGGGGGUACGUCAACGCCGCCCGGUCGUACUACGAGACGGCCAUGCGACGGUAUGCGCGAGCUCUGUCUACCAUUCGUGCUCGGACACCAGAGAAGUCGGAGCUCAUCGGCGUUGUCUCGGCUGAGGAGGCGGCGGCGCCCGUCGACAGGACACCGCCGAGCGCGAAGCAGACAUACGGCAAACUCAAGUUUGCAGAGCUCAAUAUGGAGGAUGAUGAAGGGGCUGUCGUGCUCGCGUACACGAUGGACAACAAGGAGACUACUGCUCCGGUCGAACAACUCUUCCGAUCACUCGGUCUCGUGCUCCUCGACAACGGUUCGGCCGAGUUCACCUUCAUUGUGCGCUUCUUCGCGCGAGCUGGUUUGGGAUCCGGCUCGUCGACGCCCAAGCCGCCGAAUGUACGAUCACCGAACAGCACGCCGUUAGACUCGCCCGUACUCGGGCCCAUGUCUGACGCGGGCAAGUCGCGCGGCGGGCGACGACGAGGCAAUGCGGCCGCCGCCUCCGCCGAAAGCCUGAAGGACGCGGAGCGAAUCUGGAAUGAAGUUUUCGGCUCUGCGCUCGAGUAUACGACGCAGUUCUUCCAGACGAUUGUGACGACGCCGCCCUCUGCCGCAUCGCUGCUGACCAUUAUCCGCCUGAACGACGAGCUGAUCAAGACAGCCGAGUCGCGCGGCGCCCUCCCCCUCAUCCCCUACCUGACUGGGUGGAAGCUGGCCCUAUGGCCCGUGUACCGCAAGGCCAUGGAUGCGCACAUUGACAGCAUCAAGGCGCUCGCGGACCAGGCCGAGGGCAAAGGAUUGACGAGCUGGGUCAGCAAGGCCGUCAAGGACAGCCAAGUGCGACACGUUGCGCUGCGGUACGCUGUUCUCUUCUCCAUGCUCCGGAUGCGCAACGAGCUCAUCCGCCUGAUCAAGAUCCAGGGCGACAAGAUCAAGGAUGUGCCUGCGCGCCAGUCGUUCCUCUCGUCGACGUACGAGAUUGUGAUGCGCGAGCUCGUCGCUGGCCCCGGCGCGCCGACAAAUGCGCACCUGCAGUCCGAGCUCUCCUUCUUCCGCACGCGGGAGGAAGAAGCCCGCCGCCGCAUCUCAGUCACAUAG